CUAUAUUGCAUGGCCCCCAGCGUUGCCAUGACGAACCGCGGCGGUAGCUUGGGUGACUACCGAGCUGGAAUGAUCAGGAUCGAAGAUCAUUGCUUCAUUGGGGCCGACGUCACAAUUUUGCCAUACCGCACCAUCGGGCGAGGCUCCGUGGUUGCGGCCGGCUCAAUUGUCACAAGAGUAAGUUGUCCUCGUCGACAUUCCCCUCGAGCCCUGUCACACGCACAUGCACGUGCAUGGCAACCCAAGAAAACCAAGAACUGACAUUGCUUUGCUAGGACGUUCCGCCUAAUACCGUCGUCGCCGGCAACCCAGCGAAGCGCGUUCGCGAACUUAUCCCUGGCUCAAACGAUGACCGCAGCACACGCCGUGACAU